CGUCUUUGAGUGCCAAGGUGCGAGUGGCCGAGUAGCCUCGUGGUGUGUCCGCGGUGCUAACAGCGGCUAAUGCUAGCAGCUCCGCGGCCUCAAAGUGCGCGCUUUUAUUUUACCCACUUUACCUGCUUACCUAUCCACAUGUGAGACACGACUGUAACGCGAACUGGACCGGAACUGGAAACCUACGGGUUUUUCUGAGAAACGCCGGCGAUCUCUGUAAUUAAGUUAGUGAUUAAGUAAAUAUGUGUUAAUCCAUUAAGUUAAUGUGUUCACCUGGACCUGUGGGCGGUGCUUCAGCGGUUAGACGGUUCUCGGGGUGUCAGGCAGGUAAAUGUAGUUCUAGAGCUCUUUGGUUGGUUAGAAAUGUUGAUGACAUUCUCAGACGUCAUUCUGAUUGGCAGUGUUUGGGGUCAGAUGUCAUCUUAUAGAAAGCUGCAGGUGAGUCAAACAGGCCGAGAAACAUCUGGAAUCAAUGUCUUGAUGCAUGCUCAAUCAUCCAGGUAAGUAAUUCCCAAAAGGUUGAUUCUGUUAAUCUUGAUGUGGCUUUUCCGAUGGGAGAAACAUUUCAUCCUCAUGUAGGUGACUUCUUCAGUUUCAGCUGACUGCAUGACUCCAUUGUUUAUUCAGUAGGUUAGCUUCCGUUGUUGUGCAAAUGUACUGUUUAUAAGGUUGGAAACCUGCAGUCAGCUGAGACUGAAGAAGUCACCUGGAUGGUGAUGAAACGUUUCUCCCACUGAAAACGUCCAGAUGAACAUAAUCAACGUUUUGGGAUCUGGAAUCAACAUCUGCACAUUGAUCCACAGAGAACACCCGGACUUCACAGACGUUAACUUCCUGAAUCAUUUCCAUGGCGCAAAGACGAGGACACAUCAGGUACCUGAAGGUGUGUGAGGUUCAGAACUCUCAGGGUGAUGUCAGAGACGCUUCGCUCGCCGCUAAAGGAGCUGCUGGAAAUGAGCUGUACGAUAACGGGUACGGUGAGCAGAUGAUGGAGGACGAAGACGCACGCACGAACCUGAUUGUGAACUACCUGCCGCAGAGCAUGAGCCAGGACGAGCUACGCAGCCUCUUCAGCAGCGUUGGCGAGGUCGAGUCUGCCAAGCUCAUCCGCGACAAAGUGGCAGGUUUAAUGACAUCAAAGUGUCUAACAGGCCACAGUUUAGGUUACGGCUUUGUUAACUUUGUUAACCCUAGUGAUGCAGAGAGGGCUAUCAGUACCCUCAAUGGCCUGAGGCUACAGUCUAAAACUAUCAAGGUUUCAUUUGCACGGCCGAGUUCGGACGCCAUCAAAGAUGCGAACCUGUAUAUCAGUGGUUUGCCACGGACUCUCAGUCAGCAGGACGUGGAGGACAUGUUCUCGCACUACGGUCGCAUCAUCAAUUCUAGAGUGUUAGUGGACCAGGCUUCAGGUCUGUCACGUGGCGUGGCCUUCAUCCGCUUUGAUAAGAGGGCCGAGGCCGAUGACGCUGUCAAACACCUGAACGGACACACGCCUCCCGGCAGCGCUGAGCCAAUCACGGUCAAGUUUGCUGCCAAUCCCAACCAGGCCAGGAACUCCCAGAUGAUGUCACAGAUGUACCACGGCCAAUCACGACGCUUUGGGGGGCCUGUCCAUCACCAGGCACAAAGGUUCCGGUUUUCUCCAAUGAGCACCGACCACAUGAGCGGAGGGGGUGGGGCCUCGGGGAGCUCAUCCUCUGGUUGGUGCAUCUUCAUCUACAACCUGGGCCAGGAAGCUGACGAGGCCAUGCUGUGGCAGAUGUUUGGCCCGUUCGGUGCAGUCUUGAAUGUGAAAGUGAUCCGAGAUUUUAACACCAAUAAGUGCAAAGGCUUUGGCUUUGUUACAAUGGCAAACUACGAGGAAGCUGCCAUGGCGAUCCACAGCCUGAACGGGUACCGCCUGGGGGACAAAGUCCUGCAGGUCUCCUUCAAGACCAGCAAGGGGCACAAAUAGAGGAGGGGGCAAGGCUAAAACUAAUAACAGGUGUUUUUGUUUUUGUUUUUUGUCUGUUUUCUCAGUUUUUCCCAGCAUGCCCUCUUUCUUUAUGUCAGUAAGUAAUUUUUCUGGCUGUGUGGGCAUUCAUCCACAAUAAAGGACUGAAAUUUGCAGUAUGACUGACAGCUGACUGUCAGCAUUGUUAUGAACAUAACUGGAGUUGUAUCAAUUUCUGCAGGUUUACUUUAAAACAUUUGGGGUCAAAGGUUACGGAAACUAAAUCUGCUCUUUUCUGAUUUGAGUAAAACGUUCAAUUGGUUUUAUGUACAGUUUAUGUAAAUGAUGUCAUGGUAACCACUGACAACUGAUUAAAGGAUUAAAAGUUUGGACAGGUAACCUGACGUUAUCAUGUCAGGUGAUCAGGUCAGUGUUAGACGAUUAGUUUCAUGUUGUACAGGUGAGGUAGAGGAAUGCACCUGAUGAACAGGUAACUGAUGUGAAGUCGAUUUUCAUUUGUUUUAUUUUUGUAUUGCAGCUUCAUUGUGACAUUUAUUCAGCAAUAAAUCUGUUAUUGUGAAAACUUAA